AUGGACAUUUCACGGAUUAAUAGAAAGAAAGAUUUUGUACAUAUAGAGAAAAUUAAUGGGAUACCAGUAAAUAUAUUAAGUGGACUUGAGCUUCAUACUAGGGUAUUUGAUGAUUUGAAACAAAAGAAGAUUGUUGACGAAGUCUAUAUGCUACAAUGUCUAGGAAAAGAAGGGCAACUUAAACCACAUACGUGCUCAGAACCGAAGAAGUGGAUGUGUGGUAAAGGUCGAGUAACUCUACAAUUUUGUUGUUGUUAUAAUUAUGUUGUGGAUAAAAAAGGCAAUCCCCUAGGCAUAAUCCAAGAUGAAGAAGUUGAUUCCAUGCCCUCAAUGUUCAAAACAAUGAUAAAAAAUUUGCUCAGAUGGGAUGUCUUGCAGCAAACAUGUAUUCCUAACAAUUGCAUUCCUAAUAUGUAUGAUGAAGGAGACUGCAUCCCACCUCACAUUGAUCACCAUGAUUUUCUACGGCCUUUCUAUAUUGUAUCUUUCCUAAUUAAAUACAACAUAUUAUUUGGUUCAAACUUGAAGAUUAAGGGCCUAGGAGUAUUCUCCAGUCCGGUGGUAAUACCUUUGCUAGUUGGAUCUAUACUAAUCUUGAAUGGGAAUGGUGCUGACGUAGCUAAACAUUGUGUUCCAAGUGUGCCUGCCAAAAGGAUCUCCAUCACAUUCUGAAAGAUGGACGACAACAAGCUUCCAUUAAAGUUUAGACAUGACUUAUAGUUU